AGAAACAAAAUCCAAGGUUGCUGUCAAAAUCCGGAAUCACUCCCCAUAACCCAUUAAUUCAACGUAGUACAAGUUUGCAACUAGCGAUUAUCUAUGUGUUCUGUGUUUCCCUUUCACUUGACUUGAUCAAUUGUUCCCUUGGGAGUUUGAUUGAGGACACCCCACAAAAAAAAAUGCAUACUUGGAUGGGUUUCCUCGUGUAACAUCUGCAGCUUCCGUGCCCGCCAUCAUAGGAGCUUUGUUUUCCCUGGUUUCGUUUCAGAUCCUAUUUCUUUUCCUUCAGGUUUUGGGUUGAAAGUGUGUUGAAUGGGGAUUCAGACAAUGGGUUCUCAAAGUAAUGGGCAGCAGUCUCAUUUACAUCAUUCUCAGUUAGCUAAGCAAAACUCGUGGUAUGGUUUCACUCUUGAUGAGGUUAAAAGUCUACUAGGAGACAUGGGGAAGCCAUUGGGGAGCAUGAACCUUGAUGAGCUUCUUCAAAAUGUAUGGACUGCUGAAGCAAACAAAAUCGUAGGGAUAGAGAAUGAGCAGGUGUCAUCAUCAUCAUCAUCUUCUCUUCAACGCCAGGCUAGUCUGACCUUGGCUCGUGCUUUGAGUGGGAAGACAGUUGAUGAUGUAUGGAGAGAAAUCCAACAAGGCCAGAAGAAACGAUACGGAGACGAUGUAAAUAUUCAGGAUAGAGAAAUGACUCUUGGCAAAACAACAUUGGAGGACUUCUUAGUACAGGCAGGGCUUUUUGCUGAAGCUUCUAUAAGUCCAACUGUGGUGUUGGAUGCAAUGGACGCCACCACCCCUCAAAGUUUUCAACAAAAAACAGGCUUGUCACCCUCCCCUUCAAUUAGCAGUUUAUCAGACACUAGACCAGGUCGCAAAAGGGAUGAUCCAGAUGCAUAUGAAAAGGCUCUGGAAAGGAGGCUGAGGAGGAAAAUCAAGAAUAGGGAAUCUGCUGCACGUUCAAGGGCAAGAAAACAGGCUUACCAUAAUGAACUGGUUAGCAAGGUUUCUCGACUAGAACAAGAAAAUAUAACGCUCAAGAAAGAGAAGGAGUUUGAGCAGAAACUACCAUCUGAAUCAUCACCUGAACCAAAAUAUCAGCUUCGAAGAAUAAAUUCCGCUUCCUUUUGACAUGGACCUGCACUGAAGUUUUCUUAUUCCCUAUGUUCUUGGUUUUAUGUGGAAGUGUCCUGGAUAAAGAUUUUAUCACUUCGUUACACAGUGCUGCUUAGGGGUGUGCUUUUUCUCCAAUAGGAGUUUGUUAAAUCUAUCUUUAUAAUUAACUAACUAAAGGGUACAUAUUAGUUAAGGUUUGAUGUUAUAAGCUUCAGCUGCUUUGCUGGGAAACAAUAUCAGGGAAGCUUUGAGUCUAGUGGUGGAAGGGUUGCCUUUUUGUGUAAAGUGAGGUAAUCAUUGGGGGAAUCAAAUUCUUGAAAGGUGACUAACUUCCAAAAGAACUGAAUAUAGGUAGGUCUUAUUAGCAUUUAUAAAACUGCGGGAUUGUAAUAGACUUAAGUUAUAUGGUUCAGUUAUGGAUAAUUGGUGUGCUAGAUUUUCCAGAAAAUUUAAACAGCAAAAUCAAAAUUAGUUUAUGAGAAUGUUUUCUAUGGAAGCUUCCCAGCAUUACCACAUGAUUGUUAUAGUUUUCCCAUUCACCUUUAAUUUUGCUCUAUUUGUGUAUUGGGAAACAUGGGAAACCUUGUUCUUAUUUUUCUUUCCUCCUUUCUGGCUGGU